AUGGCCAACGUCUUGUACAAAUGGCUAGAAGCAGAUCUCCAUGGCAAGAGCUCAGAUACUGCAGACAAAACCUCAGGAGAGAAUUUCGACCAGAGUCCGUUAAGAAGAACCUUCAAGUCCAAAGUUUUGGCCCAUUAUCCUCAGAACAUCGAGUGGAACCCCUUCGACCAGGAUGCUGUCAACAUGCUGUGUAUGCCCAAAGGGCUGUCCUUCAGGACGCAGGCAGAUAACAGAGAUCCACAGCUCCAUUCGUUCAUCAUCACCAGAGAAGAUGGCUCCCGUACCUAUGGGUUUGUGCUCACAUUCUACGAGGAGGUCACAAGCAAGCAGAUCUGCACAGCCAUGCAAACGCUCUACCAGAUGCACAAUGCAGAGCAAUACAGCAGCGUUUGCGCCUCCUCCUCGUGCAGCAUGGACUCCCUGGCCAGCAGCAUCGACGAGGGCGAUGCCACUUCCCUCGCCAAGCUCCAGCGCUACAACUCCUACGACAUCAGCAGAGAUACUCUGUAUGUCUCCAAAUGCAUAUGCCUCAUCACCCCUCUGCCCUUCAUGCAAGCCUGCAAGAAGUUCCUGAUCCAGCUCUAUAAGGCGGUGACAUCCCAGCAGCCGCCGCCUCUGCCCCUGGAGAGCUACAUCCACAACAUCCUCUAUGAGGUGCCCCUGCCGCCCCCGGGGAGGUCGCUGAAGUUUUAUGGGGUUUACGAGCCCAUCAUUUGCCAGAGACCUGGGCCCAACGAGCUGCCGCUCUCUGACUACCCACUGCGGGAGGUCUUUGAGCUGCUGGGCCUGGAGAACCUGGUCCAGGUUUUCACGUGCGUUCUUCUGGAGAUGCAGAUCCUUCUGUACUCACAAGAUUACCAGCGUCUGAUGACGGUGGCGGAGGGGAUCACGACGCUGCUCUUCCCAUUUCAGUGGCAGCACGUGUAUGUCCCCAUCCUUCCUGCCUCUCUCCUGCAUUUUCUGGACGCUCCCGUUCCCUACCUGAUGGGGCUGCAGUCCAAGGAGGGAACCGACCGCUCCAAGCUGGAGCUGCCUCAGGAGGCAAACUUGUGCUUUGUGGACAUCGAUAACCAUUUCAUCGAACUGCCAGAGGAAUUCCCCCAGUUCCCCAACAAGCUGGAGUUUAUCCAGGAAAUCUCUGAAGUUCUCCUGCAGUUUGGGAUCCCGCCGGAGGGUAACCUGCACUGCAGCGACAGUGCCACCAAACUCAAGAACCUGGUUCUUAGUGACUUGGUGAAUGACAAGAAUGGGAACAUCCCCGGCAAUGCCCUCAACAUGUAUGAGUUGCUGAAAGGCAACGAGACGAUCGCCCGUCUGCAAGCCCUCGCCAAGAGAACGGGCGUGACGAUGGAAAAAAUGACCAUCACUGCUCCCCUCGUGGACAAGGAGAAGGAUGGCAAAUUGCCGUGUGAGGAGAUGGAGCUGAGGGACUACAAACUGAAUGUGCAGCUCCGCGAGGUUUUCGCCAACCGCUUCACACAGAUGUUUGCAGACUACGAGGCUUUCGUCAUUCAGGCUGCCCCCGAUAUGGAGUCCUGGCUGACAAACAGGGAACAAAUGCAAAACUUUGACAAAGCUUCCUUCCUUUCGGACCAACCUGAGCCUUACCUCCCAUUCCUUUCACACUUCAUCGAAACACAGAUGUUUGCAACCUUCAUAGACAAUAAGAUAAUCUCCCAAUGGGAAGAGAAGGACCCUUUUCUGCGAGUUUUUGACUCCCGAAUUGAGAAAAUAAGGCUAUAUAACGUAAGGGCCCCUGCACUGCGGACAUCCAACUAUCAGAAAUGCAGCACUUUGAAAGAAGCAGGUCGACUGUCCAUUCAGCGUCUAGUUUUGGUAGAUAUUGUGGCACCGGAACCUCAUUUUCUGUCUUGUGAAAAGCAGCAAACUGAUACCCAGUCCAUCGAGCAGCGGCUGAUGAAGAUCGACCACACAGCCAUCCACCCGCACUUACUUGAUAUGAAGAUCGGCCAAGGGAAAUAUGAACAAGGAUUCUUCCCGAAGUUGCAGUCUGAUGUCUUGGCAACGGGACCUACCAAUAACAACCGCUGGGCCAGUCGCAGCACCACCACGCAGCGGAGGAAGGAUCGCCUGCGGCAGCACUCAGAGCACAUCGGGCUGGACAACGAUUUGAGGGAGCCAUCGGAGGAGCUUUUGCUUCGUCAGAACUCAAUGGCCUUCUGGGAGUGGGAUCAGGGACCACCCCCUCCUGCACGGCCUCCUAAAAAAUCCUUCUCUGAAUGCUGCCUGAAAUACAUGCAGGAGGCAAGGAGUUUAGGAAAAAAUUUACGGCAGCCCAAACUCUCAGACCUUUCUCCAGCUGUGAUUGCGCAGACCAAUUGGAAAUUUGUGGAAGGGUUACUGAAGGAAUGUCGCAUGAAGACUAAACGCAUGUUGGUAGAGAAGAUGGGCCAUGAAGCAGUUGAACUGGGACAUGGAGAAGCCAACAUAACAGGUCUGGAGGAAAAUACAUUGAUUGCUAGCCUCUGUGAUCUGUUAGAAAGAAUCUGGAGCCAUGGUCUGCAGGUCAAGCAGGGGAAAUCUGCUUUGUGGUCCCAUUUACUUCAGUACCAGGAGAGAGAAGAGAAGCAAGAGCAUAGCGCGGAGUCCCCAGUUGCUGUUGGAACAGAAAGACGAAAGUCUGAUACAGGAAUUACUCUGCCUACUUUGAGGGUUUCCCUGAUACAAGAUAUGAGGCAUGUUCAGAACAUGAGCGAGAUAAAGACUGAUGUGGGGCGAGCCCGAGCCUGGAUAAGGCUUUCUCUGGAGAAGAAGCUUUUGUCUCAGCACCUGAAGCAGCUGCUCUCCAACCAGGCACUUGCCAAGAAACUUUACAAGCGUUACGCUUUCCUGCGCUGUGAAGAAGAACGGGAACAGUUUCUGUAUCACCUGCUCUCGCUCAACGCUGUGGAUUACUUCUGCUUCACAAGCGUCUUCACCACAAUCAUGAUCCCUUAUAGGUCAGUGAUAAUUCCCAUCAAAAAACUAAGCAAUGCGAUAACCACAUCAAACCCGUGGAUUUGCGUAUCAGGAGAACUAGGAGAUACAGGCGUAAUGCAGAUUCCUAAAAACCACCUGGAAAUGACAUUUGAGUGCCAGAAUUUAGGGAAGCUGACGACCGUUCAGAUUGGUCAUGACAACUCAGGGCUACUAGCCAAGUGGCUGGUUGAUUGUGUCAUGGUCAGAAAUGAAAUAACAGGACACACGUACAAGUUUCCCUGCGGGCGAUGGCUGGGAAAGGGCGUUGACGAUGGCAGUUUGGAGCGAAUACUCAUUGGAGAGCUGGUGUCCUCCACGUCUGAUGAAGAGCUGGGAAAGCAGUGCCGUACCCCACCCCAGCAGAAAUCUCCUACCACGGCUCGGCGACUGAGCAUCACUUCCCUCACAGGGAAGAACACCAAGCCUAACGCGGGACAGAUCCAAGAAGGAAUCGGGGAAGCUGUGAACAAUAUUGUGAAACACUUUCACAAGCCUGAGAAAGAGAGAGGGAGCCUUACCAUUCUGUUGUGUGGAGAAAACGGUCUGGUCGCAGCCCUGGAGCAGGUCUUCCACCAUGGAUUCAAAUCAGCUCGCAUUUUUCAUAAGAAUGUCUUCAUCUGGGAUUUCAUAGAGAAAGCUGUUGCUUAUUUUGAAACCAGUGACCAGAUUGGAGACAACGAGGAGGCCCUUUUGCUUCAGAGAUCUUCAUGCAAAACCUUCUGUCAUUAUGUGAAUGCCAUCAAUACAGCUCCAAGGAACAUUGGAAAGGACGGCAAAUUCCAAAUUCUGGUUUGCCUGGGGACAAGGGACCACUUGCUCUCUCAGUGGAUCCCGUUGCUGGCAGAGUGCCCGCCCAUUACACGGAUGUAUGAGGAGAACGCUCUCCUACGGGACCGCAUGACUGUCAACUCCCUUAUCCGAGUCCUACAGACAUUGCAAGAUUUCAACAUCAUCCUAGAAGGAUCGCUCAUUAAAGGAGUGGAUGUUUAG